GCUUUUUAUAUUAUUUUUCAUUUCUUGUUUUUGGUUUCAUUAAAGUUUCCAUUAAAACCUUUGCAAUUUUGAUGAGAUUUCUCCCUGGCUUUUCUCCAUAACAAUAGAAUACCUUGAUAGAUUUCCUAAUUUUAACCUUCUCUGUCACUAGAUUUUGGUAUUGGAGAUUGAUUUUGUUUGUGGAAUUGGGUCGGUGAUGUUAGAUUUAAGUUGAUAAAUAUGGGUCAAUUAGCUACCACCUUCAUGGGAUUCGGCAUAUUUUGUAAAUCCUUGGUUGAUUUGGGGUUCUGAUGAUCACCAUGUGAGAUCUUGUUUUAUUAACCUUGGCCUAGGGUUUGAUGUUGUUUGUAUGAUCGGCCGAUGAUUCUUGUGGUUUGCUCUGCAAAGAGGCGAGGGGAUUUGUUUGGCUUGCUGAAUUGAACUUUUUGGAGUCUCUGGAGCAGUUCUGAUGGAGGCUAGAAUGUAUUCCAAAAUGAUUGGAACUACCAAGACAAGAAACCACUUCACGAUAUAUGUCCAUCAACUUCAGAGAGGAUCCAGAGCAUGAUGCAGUAAAUUCUGGUUAUUCUAUGGAGGCUACUGUGACUCCAUCCAUGCAAUUGAAUGGUGAUUCUGGUGGUUCUGAUGAAGUGAGGGCGAAGCGAUCCCUCAGGCACAGGACUGGUAUAUAUUAUGGUAUAUUUGAUACGAGCUCAGAAGAAGAAUCAGAGUGUGAAGGUACUGUCAAGGAUCACUCUUCAAAACUUCCCCACCAAAAUGAGAAUGUAUACAGAAGCCCAAGCAGCUCUAAAUAUGAAAAGGCAACUUCCAGAUGGCUUCCCAAAGAAGCAUGUAGACCUAUCAUUGCUGAAGCUCCUGCAUUCUAUCCAAGUGAGGAGGAAUUCAAGGAUACACUUGCGUACAUUGCAAGCAUACGACCAAAAGCAGAACAAUAUGGUAUAUGCCGCAUUAUACCACCCCCUUCUUGGAAAAUGCCAUGCCCUCUAAAAGAGAAGAGUUUUUGGGAACAUGCUAAGUUUACUACUCGAGUACAACAAAUUGAUAAGCUUCAAAAUAGAGAGCCAACAAACAAAAGAUCUCGAAAUCGUUGUCACAAGAGAAGAAAGAGAAGAAAGCGGUUGAGAUUUGGAAUGACUCGUAGGCACAAUAACUCUAAUGGUUCUGAAGCUAGCGACUGUAUGGGCUCGGAUGCAGAUGAAAAGUUUGGUUUUCAAUCUGGUUCAGACUUCACUCUAGAAACCUUCCAGAUGUAUGCUGAUGAAUUCAAAAGGCAGUAUUUUGGGACGAAAGAUGCUAAUGAAAAUGUAAUUUCUGGAAAUGAUGACCAUGAGAAGAGAUGGCAACCCUCAGUGGAGGAAAUUGAAGGAGAAUAUUGGCGCAUAGUUGAGGGAGCAACGGAAGAAGUUGAGGUGCAUUAUGGUGCUGAUUUGGAUACUGGAACAUUUGGCAGUGGAUUUCCUAAAGCACCAUCUUCAGCUAAAAAUGACUCAGAUUCAUGCGUGCUGUCAGGUUGGAACUUAAACAAUUUGCCACGACUUCCUGGUUCUGUUCUUUCAUUUGAAAGAGAAGAUAUCUCUGGGGUAUUAGUCCCUUGGCUUUAUGUAGGGAUGUGCUUUUCAUCGUUUUGUUGGCAUGUGGAAGACCAUCACCUUUACUCUCUCAAUUAUAUGCAUUUUGGCGAUCCAAAGGUAUGGUAUGGAGUCCCUGGUGGUGAGGCUGGGAAAUUUGAGGAUGCAAUGAGAAAGAAUUUACCUGAGUUGUUUGAAGAACAACCGGAUCUGCUGCAUGAAUUGGUUACACAAUUUUCUCCUUCAGUCCUUGAAGUGGAAGGAGUACCUGUUUACCGUGCCAUUCAGAAUUCCGGGGAGUUUGUUCUGACAUUUCCAAGAGCAUACCAUGCUGGUUUCAAUUGUGGCUUCAACUGUGCUGAGGCAGUAAAUGUUGCUCCCAUGGACUGGCUGCCACAUGGGCAAUGUGCUGUUGAGCUCUACAGUGAGCAACAUCGUAAAACAUCCUUGUCCCAUGACAAGUUACUACUCGCUGCUGCAUGGGAAGUUGUUAGAAAGCUUUCGCAGCAGUCUGUAUCACAGAGGAAUGACUUGGGAAUCUUGAGAUGGAAAAAUGUUUGCGGAAAAGAUGGAGUACUUACUGAAGCCAUUAAGGUGAGAAUCAGGAUGGAACAGAAAAGAAGGGAGUCUAUUUCUAGUAUAUCAAAAGCUAGAAAAAUGGACAAACACUUUGACUCAUCAAGUGAGAGAGAAUGCUUCUUAUGCUUUUAUGAUCUGCACCUGUCUGCUGCUGGUUGUGAAUGCUCUCCAAAUCGUUUCACAUGUCUAAACCAUGCAAAAUUGACAUGCCCUUGUGAGCCUAGCAGAAAAUAUUUACUCUUCCACUAUGACUUGGAUGAAUUAAACGCUCUAGUGACAACCCUAGAGGGCGAUUCAAGGACAGUGCAAUGCUGGGGAUUACAGGACUUGGGGUUGGCUUUAACUCCACAUAUGACAUUGUUGGAGAAAUCUAAAGAUUCCUUGGAGAAAAGCAUUUUGGAACCAAAAAGGACAUUAAUUGAUGUUAACAUUGCAGAUGUUGAGGUCGACAAUAAAGAUUACAAGAAUCAGAUAAAAGAUAAUGUUCUUCUUGAGCCAAACACAAAGUUUCCUACUUCUUUUGAAGAAACAAAAGGAUCCCUUAAUACAACAGUGCCAUGCAAAUCUGACUUUAAAAGGUAUUCAGAGACUGGUGUAAAAAGAGAAUCUGAAAGUGGGAACUUUGACAGGGUACCCUUGUUUACAAAAUCAGAAGUGGUUGAUUUGGAGCAUCAUGAAGUUGGAUGCCAGGGAUCAUCACCAGUCAAAACCAAUAUCCCACUCGGAAGUAAUAAAUGUGAAGGGGGAGACAUAUGUUGUCCUGGUCUCAACAAGGAACAACAAUCUGCAGAUCCUAAAGUUAAGUCAGCAGAACAUCUUGGUCAAUCCGUUGUCAAGGAAGCAUGUCACAGGAGUCCUGAUAUAUUUAGACAAGACUUUUCUUCAAAUUCUGUGUUGGUGGUUGUUAAUGAUAAUAUGGAUAAAACCAAGGAGUAUGCGCCUUUGCAGAUAACCAAUAAUCUCACCAGAACUAGUUCUGAAUGUGGAUCCUCGAUGUCCAUUAAUAAUUCUGCUGAGUUGGCUUCUUCCUGUGACAUUGCCAUCAGAAAUUUUAAUGAAGCAUUGUGUUCAAGAGAUGCCGAACAUUCUCGUAGAUCAAAUCCAAAGCUGUUUGGUAUGGACCUUCAACAUCUGCCCUCUUUAUCCAUACCUUUAGAUGUCCAACACAGUCAGCCUGUUGGGGGUAUCUCAAUCCAAUCUAGCACAUUCAAUCGAUCUGAUCAAAAGGUUCACAAGAUAUUGAAAUAUCGUGUCAAACCAAUUAAUUUUGGAACUGUGGUGCCUGGAAAGAAGUGGUGCAGCAGGCAAGCAAUAUUCCCCCAAGGAUACAGAAGUCGUGUCGAAUUUAUCAGUGUAGUUGAUCCAGUGACUACAUGUAGCUACAUCUCCGAAGUUCUGGAUGCUGGACUCCUGGGGCCUUUAUUUAAGGUGACGGUAGAAGAGAACCCGGGAGUAUCCUUUAUGCAUGCUUCUGCUACAGAGUGCUGGGAAAUGGUGCGAGAGAUAUUGAAUCAAGAGAUCAUCAGACAACGUGGCCUUGGGAAGCAAGGUCUUCCCCCAUUGCAAACUCCAGAAUCUGUGGAUGGACUUGAAAUGUUUGGGUUCUUAUCUCCACCAAUCAUUCAGGUGAUCGAGGCUCUUGAUCCUUAUCAUCAUUGCUUGGAGUAUUGGGCAUCAAGAUCAAACAUGUUGUCUCUAUCUGAGGGGAUCAAUGUGAAAGAUGGGCCUUCGGAACUUGCUAAGACCUCAAGCACUCCUACUGCAAAUGGUUGCCUGGCUAAUGCACAGAAGUUGUUUGGUGUGGAUUUAACUAGGAAGAAGCAGGAUGAAUCAUAUACUGACAACCAUACAUCAGAAGGAGAGGUUCAACGCAUACUUGGUGGAUUGUUGAAAAAGGCAAACCUUGAAGAAUUAACAAUGAUGCACAGAAUAUUCUGCAGUGGAUCAGAGAGCAGCAUCUCAAGAGCAGCAUUCAGUUCUCUGCUAGAUGAGAUCCAGAAGAAUGUACAUAAAUAAAAA